UGCAUACGGAAUCCUUAAAUUUCGAUCAUGACAAAUAAAUAAUUAGAGCUUUUGAUCAUCUACAUGGAAUGUCGGUGGCUUCGCAACCUCCGGCGAACACAGACGCUGAACUUCGCUGGCGGGAGCAACACACGCCAGAGAAGUCAGAGCUUCGAAAUACUGCUGAAAGUAAGACAUUUUGGGAAGAGAUUAAUGAUCAAUUGAAGACCUUAGCUACUGCUAUAGAUCAAUUGACCAACAAUAAGUAGGGCGAUCCACAUGAUCAAUCGCUUCAGUCUGGGCAUUUUCAAUAUGAGAAUCCACAAAUUCUUGAUACUCCGGCUGAAACACCGAGUACAUAUUUUGGAUGGGGAUAAUGUCUAUUACCUACUGUAAGUCCUCGGCCAGCGGAGGCCGGUGCCGAAUUCGGUGUCAUCACGGCAGUGGAGUCACCGGAAUUUGUGAUUUCCUUCGCCGAUGGUUAUAUGAGAGCUUCAAGG